AUGUGGGAAGUAUCUUACGUCUUGUCAAAUAGCAACCAGACCAUCACGAUGGAAGUAUUGCCUAAGCCAGAGACACAAGCCGCUGUUGCAGCGACUUUCAGGCUCCUGGCGACUGCUGUUUCUGAAGCAGGGGUUUUGGGGCCAGAGGACCUAAUUGGAAGCCAGGUGAUGAUCAAACUGUUUGAUUUCCCUGGCAUGCUUGUGACGCAAGGCACUGGAAGCUCCAUUGCGGUUCAGGAUUCUUCUUCUACUGACCAAGCAGCUUCUACCUUUCGGUUAGUAUAUGGAGUUGACCGGAAGCCAAGAAGCGUGUCGUUAAGACUAGAGAGCAUAAAAGGUUGUUUUGUGUACAGCAAUCAACCGUUGAAGGCCGAAAUGAAACUGAGGGUUGAAUGUAAUCCGGAUGCGACAGACGAGAAGUUUAAACGGGGAGCAAGCUUUAGGCUAAGCAAAGCAAUGAUUCAAUAUAAUCCGCUGAGUUUCGUGAUGAGCAGAACUCAGGGGAAUUUUUUUUUAUCACCUUUGAACAGCUUUAGAGAUGAAACAUACAAUGUGUAA